AACAAAAAGCAUCCCUUUCUCUUCACAUCAUGCAUCUCACUCCUCCUCGUGCCGAUGCAGCAUGCCCUUAAUGUCUAAUCACGACAAUCAUGACCUGUCCCGAGAGAAGAGCUAGUCGCAUAUCUACCCCAAGGCAGCAGCCAACACGUCGAGCAUGGCAGGCCAUCAACGGCGAGAGAUGAACGGCACGCCCACCACACUCCUCCCCCCACGCGACUCCCUCGAACUCGCCAGUCUAGCAUCAACCUCUAAUCGAGAUGGCGCCCGCGAGUCCGAAGAAUCCUCCUCCGCCGGCGUCUCCUCCUCCCGCAACCUCUCCUUCGACGACCCCAUCCACCCCAAUGGCGACCUCCCGCGCAUAGGGCGAAGGAGUUACUCCGUGUCCAGUGCCUUCGACUUCAACAGCGCGCUAUUCCCGCUCUCUUCGUCUGGGCCGGGAUACACCGCGUUGGGAGCGCCCAGCACGACACACUCAGACCCUUCCGCACAGAGUUUGGAGAAGAACAAGAGGUUGACAUACUUGAAUGGCUUGUCGCUUGUGGUGGGCCUCAUCAUCGGCAGUGGCAUCUUCUCUUCGCCAGCGAGUGUGAACAGCAAUGCCGGGUCUCCGGGUGCGGCGUUGAUCGUGUGGCUCAUCGCUGGGCUGUUGGCGUGGACGGGAGCCGCGAGCUAUGCGGAACUGGGAGGAGCCAUACCGCUCAAUGGCGGCGCGCAAGUCUACCUGUCGAAGAUUUUUGGCGAAUGGGCGGGCUUCUUGUUCACGUGGUGUGCUGUGACGGUGCUGAAGCCGGGCUCCGCUGCUAUCGUUGCCAUCAUUUUCGGCGAGUACAUGGUUCGCGCGCCGCAGUCUCUCAGGGUUGCUGACCCAAUGAAUCCGCAUCCUGACCUGAGCCCGUGGAUCAACAAAUCUGUCGCCAUUGCAGGUCUCGUGGCUAUCACGCUUUUGAACUGCGCGUCUACCAAGAUGGGAGUACGCAGUGCAGACUUCUUCAUGUUUUUCAAAUUCGUCGGGCUCCUGGCCAUUACCAUUACUGGCAUCGUUGUCGCCGUCACCGGCUGGUCUGUCAACGCAGACGGUCUCUCAACUGCUUGGAAGGAUACGGAUUGGUUUGGGGGCACGAGCACGAGUGGCAGUCAAUGGGCUGUGGCUCUCUACGCUGGCCUUUGGGCCUACGACGGAUGGGACAACACCAAUUACGUGGUCGGCGAAAUGAUCAACCCGGCCCGCGAUCUCCCCCGAACCAUUCACACCUCCCUCCCCAUAGUCAUUACCGGAUACCUCUUGGCAAACCUGUCCUACAUCUUCGUCCUCCCGACCAGCGUCAUCAACGCGAGCAACACCGUGGCCGUCGCCUUUGGCCACACCGUCUUCGGGCCCCUCGGCAGCCUCUUCCUCGCCCUCACCGUGUCGGGCUCCUGCUUCGGCACACUAAACGCCACCACCUUCACCGCCGGGCGCCUCGUCUACUCCGCAGGCAAAGAAGGCUACGUCCCCAGCAUCUUCGCCACCAUCGGCCUCGGCCAAGGAAGUCCCCCCAUGCGCCUCCCCCGGCGCGGCUCAAAAGCCAAGCGCAUGGAGCGCUGGUUCGCCGACGAGCACGGCUUCUUCCACACGCCCAUCUUCGCCAUGGUGCUCAACGCGGCCAUCACCUGCAUCUACAUCGUCAUCGGCGACUUCACGACGCUGACGACCUUCUACGGCGUCGCGUCGUACCUCUUCUACUUCGCCGCGGUGGUGGGGCUGAUAGUGCUGCGCGUCAAGGAGCCCGAGCUCGAGCGGCCGUACAAGUGCUGGAUUGUGACGCCCGUGGUGUUUUGCUGCGUGAGCUUGUUUUUGCUGAGUCGGGCGAUUUUUGCGAAACCGUUGCAGGCGGUUGUGGUGUUUGCUUUUAUUGCGGCGGGGCUGCCGCUUUAUUGGUGGCAGGUGGGCAGGAGGCGGAGGAGGAACAAUGGGAAGAGGGUGCUGGUGGAAGGGGAUGGAUGGAAGUUUUGGAAACGAUGGACACGGCCGUGAGCAUUCUGCAUAGCGUUUCUAUAUGUAGCUUUGUCGUGUUUUGCAGGUGCUGCAGACAGUCUUCUGUGUAGUGACUGCCUCGCUGCCAUUAUGCGCCUUGAGCAGGAGGGAAUGAGGAUGUCCCUCUUUGUUUCAACGUCCUAUACAUCAUAUCACUUACUCUGCACUGGCGAUACAUCGCCGCGCCGCGCCCUACGCAUCUCCAUUCACAACCCCAUUCACAACCACCCUAUCACUCAGACCGCAGAAACCUAGCAAUGCCCCACACCCGCCCCCCAAAAACAAGCA